GAAGUUUGCAAGAGACACACCCAUUCCGACUUCUCUGAUGCUCGCGACGUCGUCGCACUCCCUUCGGCGGCAUUGUGAGUUCAAUACUUUGCAACAAACGGUUCGAGCUUUGUUGUUGACCCUUAAAUGGAGGCGAAACUCACAUCGGCAAGCACUUGAGCACCACGGCCACAACUCCGGCCAGUCCAUUAUCCCGAACAACAAAUCCAUUGAACAAGACCAGCCACGAUAAGGUUGUCGGUCAAAACGUGGCGGUGUCAGAUAUGCAGCUCGUAUUCUCAUUCGACAGAACCAUGUGGAACGAGUCACGCCUCAAUUUCAGCCAGUCACAUCGGGUGCCUCCCUUGCUGACAAGUUUGCUCAAAAUUAUUCAGCACUCCCAAUGGGGCCCGACGGGCUGAAAUCAGGGAGAGAUCACAAAACAGGACCGUAUCUCCACGCCCAUCGGGCUUUCAGCCCUGCCGCAGGCCGAGGAUGCCGGGACGGCCAGCAAAAGUGUGUAACCUCGAAACAUGCGACUUUGGACAGACCCCUCUCAAUUCAGUUGACAAUUGUUCAGUUUGGAACAUCGAGUGGCAAGAAGGCGGAAAACCUGCUCUCUGGAAAAUCGAACCACUUUGAGCUUGCGAUAGCUUCAAUGGUGCAAGGAGACACACCGCUCUCAUUGCUCCUCCUUUUCCGAUUACCGCAUUUUCUAUUGUCAGCAAGAGGCUUAAUCCCGGGGCAUUGGAACUCCCAGUUCGGGGGCUGUACUCAUUUGCCCUCGUCACGGCUAUGUCGUUCCCCGCCUCGGACGACACCUCCGAAUGGUUCGCCGCUGGCUACGUAUGUUUCAGAGGUCGGUAGUGACGAAAACCUCCUCAAUCCUACCCUGGAGCCAAGCCGUGUCCGGACUCAGGACGUGGAGACAUACCACGACCUCAAAUGUCAAGAGGGGCUCUCGAAUCUCAUAUGUGUUCGAUGCCAGCCUUGCCGGGAAAAUACGAAGUGCCUAGGACUUCCUAGAGACGUCGGACACUGUGAUGACCUUUAGGGACUCAGUGCAGGGUCAGGAGCCAGCGCUCGGGACCGGCAAACUUCUGCCCCUGAAUUCUGUGCAACGAAGAAGAUCAAUUGCUGUUUAUUUGAAAAGUAUAGUCCAUGGCUCAAAUACUUUGGAAAUGUCUGCUAGCAGUCUUUCAACAGAUCUUUCUUGAACCUCCCUGACAGAAUCAAGAGGUGAACACCCUUGUUUGGUCUAACCUCGCGUCGUAAUUAUCGGCGUGAAAGAAAGU